AUGACGAGGAGGAUGAAGGUCGCCGAGGUGCUCCGGACCCAUGGGCUUCCAGCCACGCAGCUUCCCACGAGCAAGAAUGCCGGGAGGGAGAUGGCGACGGCCAUGAAGAGCUUCUGCACCUCGCCGGAGGCUUUUGUGCUGCUUCUGUCAGUGGACCACGUGGCCUUGGGGACAAACCUCACUGCGGCCAGUCAUGUGGUCCUUGUCCAUCCCCUGAAUGCGGAGAGCCUGAGCUCGGCAGUGGCAUAUGAGAAGCAGGCCCUGGCCCGAGUCCGCCGCGUGGGGCAGGCUGAAGGCAAGAUCCAUGUCUGGCGCUUUGUGACAAGGCAGACAAUCGAAGAGGAGAUGCACAAGUUGCAUAUCUCUCACUGCAGCGCAGCUGCAGGGGCGUGA